CGCGACAUCUCAACACGCGCGUUCAGCAUAGAAUUAUGCUGACGCGUGGUAGGUUUAUCAGCACUGCCUAUGCUGCGACAGCGCCAGGGACAGGUGGUGAUGAGGUGACGACAGCCAGGGUAACCAGAGGCCAGAGAUAGGGGACAAUGACAUCGAGUGCAAUCAAUCACACCAUCAUUCUUCAUCAGAACAAGAUAUAAUACCACCUUGACCACCUCCCAGGCGCUCUCAUAUCCGUAGACAAUGGCGUACCUAUUCUCAGGGCUGAUCGAAUGGCUCAAAGGUCUGCUAUGGCAGAAGAAGCUCGAGGUUACGAUCGUCGGACUGCAAGCUAGUGGGAAGACCAGCUUGACAAACGUUCUGGCAGCCAACCAGUUCAGCUCGGAUGUGGUGCCUACCGUAGCGUUCAAUCUGAAACAGGUCAAGAAGGGGAACGUGAACAUGAAGAUCUGGGAUUUGGGCGGUCAACCAAAGUUUAGAAACAUGUGGGAUCGGUAUGCAAGAGGGGCGGAUGCGAUCGUCUACGUGGUGGAUUCUGCAGACCGAGCAACAAUUCCCACAGCAGCCUCCGAGCUUCACUCCCUCCUCGCCGUUCAAGCACUAGCCGGCGUACCCCUGUUGGUACUGGCGAACAAGAACGACCUACCAGAAGCCAUGGGAGUGGACGAGAUGAUCGGGGCCAUGGGAUUGGAGAGGAUCCGGGAUCGGGCUGUCAGCUGUUACUCGACAUCAAACAAGACGAAGCAUAAUCUGGACCUCCUCAUCUCCUGGUUGACGCAACGAGCGCACUAGACCACCGUUCCCACUUCGACGGGCUCUCACCCUGAGGACUGGUCUUUCGGACGACCGCUACUUUUCAGUUGACCGUGUUCUGUGCCAGUUUCGCUACUGGCCUUUGUACGGCAGGGGAUAUCCCUUCUAUCCGAUCGCCCGAACUUUCUCUUUUCGCUUCUCUUAUAUCUUGUAUACAAAGUAAUGCCUCAAUAAUCUCACCGGAGCUGGCUGUAAUGAGCUCUUGACAUCUAGAUCCUAUUCUUGAUAUGUAUAUCACUCAUGGAACGCUGCCGUUGACUAAGGGUUAGUGGCCAUGAUUUGAUGUCGGAUCGGCCGAAGCCGGGGUCCCCGCGGCAACUCACUCGGUCCCAAAGAUCCUCGCUCGACCGCUCGUAUCU